AUGGAGACGUUUCGCUUUCGCCUGAAUUGCAUCGACAACUACCAGGCGCCGCCCACCGAUCUCGACCCUCCUCUCCGCCGCAAUCCUGGGCCCGCUGGUAGGUUGGGCGCGCCUCAAGUACCAGUCAUUAGAGCAUUCGGUGCAACAGAAACGGGACAGAAGGUGUGCGCUCAUAUUCAUGGCGCGCUUCCCUAUCUGUAUUUGGAGUACAAUGGGAGCCUGGACCCAGAUGUUGUCAAUUCAUACAUCCUGGACCUCCGCGCUUCAAUCGACCAUGCCCUUGCCGCCACUUAUCGACGCAACGCCUACGAUGCAAAAUCAAUUUACGUUGGCCACAUUUCGCUGGUCAAGGGUGUGCCUUUCUUUGGAUACAACGUUGGAUACAAGGUCUUCCUCAAGGUCUACAUGCUCAAUCCCAUGCACAUGACCCGAUUUGCCGACCUCCUGCACCAAGGCGCCAUCUUGAACAGAGUAUUCCAGCCAUACGAAAGCCAUUUACAGUACCUGCUGCAAUGGAUGUGCGAUUACAACUUGUACGGAUGCGACUACAUCAAUUGCGCCAAAGUGCAGUUCCGAGGGCCUGUUCCUGACAGCGAUGAGGUGGACAUUACUGUACAUAGGUGGCAUGAUGCCUCCAUCCCAGACGAGUUCAUGGCGGAUGAGGACCAAUAUCCACGUCAAAGCCACUGUACGCUUGAAGUGGACAUUUGUGUCCAAGACAUCCUCAAUCGGCACGAAUUACAAUAUCGCCCUAUUCACCACGAUUUUCUAGAGCGAUCAAGUCAGAUGCUUCACAAUCCUGACGACAAGUUUGUACCGUCUAUGGCUGGCCUUUGGAGGGACGAAACACGUCGACGAAAACUUCGCAUGGGCAUUACCGAUCCCUCAGGUACUCCGUUUCCUCCCGAAGUGCUCGUGUCCAUGUCAGCAGACACGCGAGACACUAAAACUUUUGGAUGGAUACACGAAGAUGAGUAUAGGGAGCUCGUUGAGGAUUUGAUCAAAGAGGAAAAACACGAAAGGGGUGAAGUGAGCUUCGAUACAUUCGUAAAAUCACCUGAAGAUCAAGACCGCAUCAAGACCGCCGCAGAAAGCAUUGAAGAUCUAUACCCCGAGGUCUUAUCUACACAAAGGCUCCCGGAUGAUGAAAACCAAGAUGAAUGCGCUGAAGAAGAUACCGCCUAUGCUUUGGGUGGAGCUGAGCCAUCGUCGGACGAGCUAGAACCACCGUUGCGGUAUCAGUAUGAUGAUCCUGUCCUGGAUGACUGCCAUGGCCGAGAUCAAGCAGAAAUGGAACACCAUACUGAUACUGAGGAAUGCUCGAUGGACCCCCUGACCAUGUCACUCUUACAAGGCUCUGAUGAAAUUGUGAAGAACAAUGCACUUGUUGACGAAGGCAUCGAUCUGGUUGAUGCCAGCGACGAGGAUGAACCAUCAAGUUCUAUCAGCCCUGAUACCAUGCGCAAGCGACGCAUUGACCCUACUGAUGGAGAAUACAACAAGCGUCGGCGAACUAUGGAAGAAAAGAAAAGCAGCGCCCGACUGAUACCGUUUCGUAACGCUGUAGGCAAGGACAACACUGAAAUGGCGAGCGAACAGCAGAAGAGUUCCUGGGAAGAGCCACCUCCAGCCGCUCAGGCUUCACAAGCAAGUAUCAAAGCACAAGGCCUCGGAGGGCCUACUACAUUUUCGUUUCCAGUAGUGAAGCAUCCGAAUGCACCUGAAACUGUGCAUCGCUUGAGCCAGUCAGGUUACUCCAACUCCCAAGAGGGUCCGAAGACACCUGGGCCUAAGCAUCUCAACAUCAGAGCUUCACAACGGUCUCCCGUAACCCCGUGGACGCAUCAAAAGACUUCGCCUAUGCUGCUUAGCAGCACUGCGUCAAAGGCUCACUCACAAGCCGCAGAUCUAGUAAGGAAGCUGGACCAGUCUUGUCGGCACUCUCGCCUCACAGUAUAUUACGGCUGUCUACCGCCAGCUGCCGAACUGGUCGAAAGCACGAUGAUGCAUGCUGGGCUCCCGCCUGUGAUAUACCAAGAGGCUUAUUACAGCGACGAGAAAGACGUCCCAGAUCGUCCUCGUGAGUAUGCGGGCAGGGAAUUCAAGUUACAGAGUACAACAUUGCCGUACCUUCCUCCAUUCGACCCUGUGGGUGCAUCACUCGCCAACAUCGGAGAGUAUCCUCCGGUUGUAAUGGAUAAGAGAAAACAAGCUGCAUCGUAUCAAGCAAGAUCCAAACGUUGCAGCUUGCGUCAUUGGGAACUCUCCAAACCUCCACCCUCCUUCAAGGAAGUACAAGACUGGACCAAACGGCAUAAGUUGACAAAGGCCAAAACGAAGACAAAACAUCCGCCUGAACCUACACGUCACACGAUCGAGUCCGUAAGUCAUCUCUCGCAAAUCGAAGGUCCAACACAAAAGAAUCCACAUGGCUUCAAGUAUUCGCAAAACCGUAAAACAACUAGCGUGAAGCACCAAUCUCAAUACAUGAGCAUCAUGAGCUUAGAAGUCCAUGUAAAUUCUCGAGGAUCCCUGGUACCGGAUCCAGCCGAGGACGAGAUCCAGUGUGUCUUCUGGAGCGUCCAAGGUGAAGAAAACGCGACCACCGACCGGCCACGCAGAGGUAUAUUAUGCUUUUCGGAUGAAGAUGGCAUCGCUAUGCGCAUCGCCAAGCAGGUUCCAGUAGAGGUUGAAUACGAGGAGGAUGAGCUGGACCUCCUCAAUCGUAUAGUCGAUAUUGUCCGUCAAUUCGACCCAGAUAUCCUCACGGGAUAUGAAGUGCACAAUAGUUCUUGGGGCUACCUCAUACAGCGCGCUAGGAUGAAGUAUGAAUACAACUUCUGCGAUGAGAUUAGCAGGAUGAAGUCACCGUCGUAUACAAAAUCUGGGAAAGAAGCAGAUCGCUGGGGCUUUACACACACAUCCACUAUCCAAGUCACUGGUCGGCACAUGAUCAAUAUCUGGAGAGCCAUGCGUGGAGAGCUCAACUUGCUGCAAUAUACUAUGGAGAAUGUGGUAUUCCACCUACUUCACAAGCGUAUUCCGCACUACCAGCAUUCAGACCUCACCAUGUGGUACACAAAUGGGAAGCCUCGAGAUCUUGCCAAAGUUCUCGACUACUUUCUUACUCGCGUGCAACUGAACCUUGACCUUCUAGAGGCCAACGACAUUGUACCGCGUACUAGCGAACAAGCGCGCUUACUUGGCAUUGACUUCUUUGCAGUCAUCUCUCGAGGCUCGCAGUUCAAAGUAGAGUCCACCAUGUUUCGCAUUGCAAAGCCGGAAAACUUCAUCCUCAUCUCGCCAAGCAGGAAGCAGGUGGGUCAACAGAACGCCUUGGAGUGCUUACCUCUGGUUAUGGAACCUCAGAGUGCUUUCUACUCGAGCCCAGUACUGGUGCUGGACUUCCAAUCGUUAUACCCGAGUGUAAUGAUAGCGUACAACUACUGCUAUUCAACCUGUCUUGGACGUGUCGUCAACUGGCGCGGUCGCAACAAGUUGGGCUUUAUGGACUUCAGGCGCGAACCACAACUACUCGAGCUGGUCAAGGACCAUAUCAAUAUCGCGCCAAAUGGAAUGAUGUACGUCAAACCAGAGAUGCGAAAGUCGUUGCUAGCGAAGAUGCUUGGUGAAAUCUUAGAGACCCGGGUCAUGGUCAAGAGUGGAAUGAAACAGGACAAGGACGACAGGACACUUCAAAAGUUGCUGAACAACAGGCAGUUGGCGUUGAAGCUUCUGGCCAACGUCACCUAUGGCUAUACAUCCGCCUCCUUCUCGGGGCGCAUGCCAUGCUCUGAAAUUGCCGACAGCAUUGUUCAAACUGGCCGCGAGACGCUUGAGAAGGCCAUUGCAAUCAUCCACGCUACAGAAAAAUGGGGUGCCGAAGUGGUCUAUGGAGACACAGACUCGCUCUUCAUCCAUCUCAAAGGGCGCACAAAGGACCAAGCGUUUACUAUCGGCGAGGAGAUUGCUGCUGCCAUCACCGCUGCGAAUCCGCGACCGAUCAAGCUCAAAUUCGAGAAGGUGUACCAUCCUUGCGUAUUAAUCGCCAAAAAACGCUACGUCGGCUUCAAGUACGAGCACAGAAACCAGAAAGAGCCAGAAUUUGACGCAAAAGGCAUCGAAACCGUUCGUCGAGACGGCACACCGGCAGAACAGAAGAUUGAGGAAAAGGCGCUGAAACUUCUUUUCCGAACCGCAGACCUCAGCCAAGUAAAACGCUACUUCCAAGAACAAUGCUCGAAGAUUAUGGAAGGCCGCAUCAGCAUUCAAGACUUUCUCUUUGCCAAAGAAGUUAAGCUAGGUACCUACUCCGACAAAGGCCAUGCACCACCUGGUGCCCUCAUCGCUACAAAACGGAUGCUCGUCGACCCGCGUGCAGAGCCCCAGUAUGGCGAACGAGUUCCCUACGUCGUUAUCACCGGCGCGCCAGGAUCCCGACUCAUCGACCGCUGCGUGAGCCCAGAGACGCUACUCCAAAAUGACCAUAUCGAGCUCGACGCAGAGUACUACAUCUCCAAGAACCUCAUCCCACCCCUUGAACGCAUCUUCAACCUGGUGGGUGCCAAUGUCCGGCAGUGGUACGACGAGAUGCCCAAGAUCCAACGCAUACGCAACAUUUCCAUUCCCGUCGCCCCGAAACACGAUACUACCAAUGCCUUCUUUGGAGGAGGCGGCGGCAACUCCUCUCGGAAAACACUGGAAAGCUACAUGAGAUCCUCAAACUGUCUUGUCUGCCGUGCAAAACUGACUCCUCCCCCGUCCACAUCGUUCCUCAGCGCCUACGCCAUGCUGCCACUCUGCGCAAAGUGCGUCAAGCGCCCAGCACACUCGCUCCUAGCGCUCAAAUACCGCAUCUGGACCAGCGAGACGAGGGUAAACGAAGUAGAAGCCAUGUGCAGACGAUGCGCGAAUCUAGCAUGGAACGAAGAGAUCCGGUGCGAUAGCCGCGAUUGUCCGGUUUUUUAUUCCAGAGUCAAGGAGAAGAGCCGUUUGGCGGCUUUGAAAGAUAGUGUGGAGCCUGUGAUUGCGAUCAUGGAGAAUGCGGAUGAGGAUGAUGGGCCUGUGGGUGAAGUGGAGAGCGGAGGGCGUAGGCUGAGGGAUGAGCAUCUUGCGUGGUGA